AUGACAUAUUCUGCUGACGAAGAAUGGCUAAAGAAAUGCCGACCUGAGAAUCUUCCUGUUCCUCCAUUUGAUAGCCCGCGCGAUGAAAAUGAAUUGCGCACCCUAGAGAUCGUCCGUCAGUAUACGAAUAUCCCCGUGCCAAAGUUAGUGUAUCGGGGAGAAGGCUUCAAUGUAUUUGAAAGAAUCCCAGGCUUUACCAUAUUCGAAGGUCCAAUAUGGGACAGCAUCUCCCCACGCCAACAAGAGGGGAUCAAGCUCCAAGUGCAAGGUUAUAUCAAGGCACUCGCAAAGGUUCCCAACGAAUCUGGCGGCGUUCGAUCAUUAAGUGCUUCGGGUGAAAUAAUUCAUAAUCAGCUUCCUCACCGUGGACCCUUUCAGUCUACAGGGGAUUUUCUCCGGUCGUACAAGGAGGAAGACGCCCAUCUCAUCCACCAAAUCAAUCCGCUCAGCAAGGCAGUAUUGUCGCAUAUGGACUGGGACCUCUCAAACAUUGUGUUGCAUCCGAAUAUGGAUGCAGUGCCAGGUGUCAUUGACUGGGAGCGAGCAGCUUUCUUUCCAGAGGGUGGAAGGAGUAUUCACCGGAUGUGCCAUCAGUGGCAAGGAUGGGAGACGCUCUUUGAUGGAAUUGAAUUUCCGCUACAAGGUUGA